AUGCCGUCUGGAAUCUUCAACUCCACUUACUACGGCAAGGACUACCGCGCCGGCGCCGCCCUGCUGCGCGCCCGCCGACCAUACCUGUUUAAGAAUGCCCUGACAGGCCUCGGGCUGGUCGCUUUCUCGAUUAGCGUCUUUUCAUACACCAUCAGCGCUGUCGGCCAAGAAGAGUUCUCCGACGUGAAAGUCCCCGACGCCCCCGCGCAGUCUCAGCAGAAAUAA